AUGUCUAACAAUGACUCAUUGGAUGUGCUUAACCUACCGCCCCGUAUAUAUAAUCCCGGGUUUGAACCAAACAUUGGAGCUGUUGUUAUUCAACAUUUCGAAACGCAUUUGUCUGAUAUACAAGAAGAAACAUGUGCCAGAACAGAAGAGCAGUCUGACAAAGCUUGUCCCAAUAUAGAUGGUGAUAUUGGUGUUGAUGGUGAUAGCAGAGAAGGUGAUGAAUGUGGUCCAAGUAGAGAUGGUGAAAUUGAUGUCGAUGGUGAUAACAAAGAAGAUGAUGAAUGUGGUCCUAGUACAUUUGAAGAUUCCAUUCGUGAGCCUAACACAGAGGACGGGAGCUAUGCUGGAGAUGAUGAAAACAGCCAGAAGAUUCGUUCUGAAGAUGAUACAGCUGAACCUACAGCAAAGGAUAAAACCCCUACCCCAAAUUUCUCUACUCCAAAUUUCAAUAUUAUCUCUGAAGAUAGUCAGGAUAACGAGAAGGAAGGAAUUUCAGUUUCUGAAACAAACAAUGAGGCAUGUAAGAAAAGUUCUGAAAGUAAGAAGUACUGUAGAAAGAAGAGAUAUGUCAGAGAAAGAAAAGAGACAAAUAAGCGUAAACAAGGGGAUAAUUCUUAUAAUGAUAUUCCUACAAGAAAACAGCCUCAGAGAAAAAAAUGCAAAAAUACUGACAAAGUUGCUGCUGAUCUUGGAACAAGAACAUGUGAUCAAGAAUUAGGGGAUAAAGCUGAUAAUGAUGUUCCACUAAAAACUAGUCAACAAGAUGUAGAUAAUAAAUCAAAAGCUGAUGGUCCAUCAAGAAGAAGCCAGCGAAGUCAAGUGCCUUCCAUUUAUUCUCAGCCACCUUACACGGCAGAGAAGAAGAAGCACCCAACACUUCACCCCUUUGCAAAAGUUGACACAAAAAGGUUUGAAAGUUUAUGUGAAUGGAAGAAGUCGACAAAAAACAAGGUGCUAACAGUUGGGGGAAUCAAAGUAGAUUCCAAAUGGUUCACAACACUAGAAACGCAGGGGAAACCAAUAUCAGGAUCGCAUGUUGAUGCAGCUUUACACUUGAUCAAAACUAGAAGGGAAAAUCAUCCAGAAAUGUACCUUAACAAAACUGUUGUUUUUGUUGGAUCAUCUUUCUUAAAUGCGAUUGACGAUGAGUAUGCUGAGUUUGUAGUCGCAAAAGAUGAUUUUCAGUUUAGUUCUGAAGAGAUAAGUAAGCUGGAGAUUGGAAGCAAGACAAAUUACAUAUAUGCUCCUAUGUGCUUGAAAGGAAAAUGUUGGGUUCCAGUAGUGAUUAAUAUCGAGAGAAGGUCUUUGAUCAUUCUCGAUUACGCGACAUCAUUUGUUUCAGAAAAUGUUAAAAGGAUGCAUGUGGUUGCAUAUUCUGUUGCGAUGCCGUACAUAUUGCGCAAGCUCCUCAACAAAACAGAUAUGGAUGUUUCAGCAUUCAAAAUAUCUGUAGUGGACAAUAUAUCACAGGCUGAAAAGAUUGAAGAUACUGGGAUGUACAUGAUGAAGAUGAUGGAAUGCUAUGCUAUGCAUAUUAAUGCAAAUGAGAAACUUUCAGAAGGAAAAAUUGGAGACAUGAGAAAGAAACUUGCGGUUGACAUCUUUACAGAAAUAACAGAUUUCUAGGGGCUAAUUGUAAGAGCUGGGAAGAAAAGAUUGCUGGGGAAAAAUGAUCUAUUCUUUUUGAAGAAAACGUUGCUGUUUUACAAAUUUUUAAUUUUUGCUGAGAAUAUCUGUAGUGAUUUUCGCAUGAAUUUUACUUUGUAUAACUCUCUAGUUGUGAAUUUAAGUUUUUUUUUCUAUGUACCUGCAUCUAUAACAUCCAAUCUUCAUUUAUACCAUUUUAUCUUUUGAUGUUAAUUUUUAAAAGCUAUCUAAACAUUUUACAAUGUUAAGUCUUCAUCUAU